AUGCACUACGACUCGCAUGUGGAUGGAUUCAAGUACGAACAUCCGCUUGGAAUGCCCUAUUACCACCAAGACAAUAUGCGGCUUAUAUCUAAGAGUGAAAUCAACUGCUCACGGAACGCCAGCAAAUUCGAUAGCAGUUGCAACUGCUUCUAUCAUAAGAAACACAAGCUGAACAACAUUGUGCAGAUUACACUGUACAACAUGGGCACAGGUGGAGCGUUCAGUACCGGAUAUGCUCAUCCUUUCCACAUUCACGGCACUCAUUUUUAUGUAAUGAAGGUUGGAUGGCCAUCGUACGAUUCGAGUGGCAUGAUAUCAACAAUGAAUCCUGAUAUAGGUUGCGACGGAGCGAAUUCGAUAUGUGAUGGAGCAGUUUGGCGAAACAAGUCUUGGAUGAAUGGCGCAGUUGAAGGCAUGAAUACCGUAAACCCUCCGCUCAGGGACACAAUUACAUUACCAGUGGGCGGCUAUAUUGUCAUACGGUUUCGAGCAACAAAUCCAGGCUGGUGGUUCGCUCAUUGUCAUGUCGAGCUUCACGCCAUAGUUGGAGAGCAUGAUGACAUUCCCCCACCGCCAAAGAACUUCCCGCAUGAUUGCGGUGCCUUCAAAAUGCCACCUCUUGCUCCACGUCGGAAAUUUCGUCGUAGUCGUUGA